CAAAAUCUAGCGCUGUCUGGCAUCAAAACGCUGAGUGCGAAGUCACUGCGAGCAGCACCGUGACGCAUCAGCUGAUCGAAGUCUACAUGGUAGAGUGAUAUAUUUGCGUAACUCGUGAUAAGCGUCAUGGAGCUGUUGGAUUACUGCAGGAGUUUGCCCAAAGUGGAGCUCCAUGCCCACCUGAAUGGCUCUCUCAGUGAUGCCACGGUACUGAAAUUGCUGAGUGCCAAGAAGCAACAGGGUGAUGACUUCUCAGCCUCAGCGGAGCACACACACACACACACACACACACACACACACACACACACACUGCGUAUGUUUCGGAUCCUACAUUCUAUCACCGAUAACUUAGAUGCUGUGCGAACCAUCACUCAAGAUGUGAUUCAGGAAUUUGCUUCCGACAAUGUGAAGUACUUAGAGCUGAGAACGACUCCCAAGAAUAUCCCCAAUAAAAUGACCAAGAAGGAGUACAUGGACACUGUGUUAGAAGCAGCCGUUGAGGCAAUGAAAAAGAGCAACAUCAGGGUUUGCCUCUUGCUGUCUAUAGAUAGAGCUAGAGGUGUGGAAGAUGCUUGGUCAACCCUCCAACUGGCUAAGGAGUACCUCACUCAUGAUGUCUUUGGCUCUCUUGUCUGUGGCUUGGAUGUGAGUGGCAAUCCACACUCAGGGGAUCUGAAGGACUAUCUCCCUGUACUGCAGGAGGCACAGAAGUGUGGCUUCAAGCUAGCAGUGCAUCUGGCAGAGGUGUCCAGCAAUACAGAAACCCUGGCAGUGCUGAAUAGUGGUUUGGUGGAUCGCAUUGGGCAUGGCACCUUCAUCCACUCUGACACUGGUGGCUCAGAGGAAUUGCAUACUGUUGUCAGGAAGCAAAACCUGCCAUUAGAAUUGUGUUUUUCAUCUAACAUCAAGUUAGGAACAGUGAAGAAUGCCAGCCAUCACCAUCUGGGAUUUUGGAAAAAAGAAAAUCAUCCAGUUGUGAUCUGUACUGAUGACAAAGGUGUGUUUGCCACAUCCCUCAGUGAAGAGUUUUUCUUGUGUGCUCAGACAUUUCAUCUUACUGAGGGUGAGCUCCACAGUUUAUGUUUGAGUGGUGUUGAUGCUGCAUUCCUCUCUCAAGUAGAAAAACAGCGACUCAGGCAGGAGGUGCAGAAAGAGCUUGAUUCUUUAAAGGGAAAGUUAGCAUGUCAGUAAUACUCAUUUGUUAUUUGUAACAGUUUCAACUUUUUCAUCAGUAGAAUAUAUUGAAUUGAUGGUUCAAUCCAAAACAAUAAUUACUCUCACUGAGGUGUGAAACACUGAAUCAGGGGGUGCUGUGAACUUACUAUUAACUCCUUCAUUGCUGUGCCGCAUUUUCAUAUUAAUUUUGGUUACCAUUUAGUGAUUUUAUACAGCUUCAAAAACUUAUAUGGGAAUUAAAAUAAGUCUCUGGCCAUUAAUUUUUUGAUAUCCAUAAACCCUUCAUAAUGCAAAUAAAUUUGUCUAUUGUACCCAAAAAUCAUGGUAAAAAUGUGCCUCAGUAUUGAGGUGUGAGCUCACUGAAUGAUUCCCUUUCUGUCUCACAACAUAUGGAGCAAGUCACAGCCUGCCCUCUAAAAACAUGUUUCUUCCUUCGCACAAAACCACAUGCACCAUUAUUACACACACACACCCAUCACUCAAAACUAAAUUAAUAUGAUGACUCCUACACCAGCUUCAUAGUCC